AUGGGUGUGGGAGCGUCAUCGGAGUAUGGCCAGCCAUCCUCGCCAGAGGAGCUGAGCUACGUGCUCGCCGAGCGCUUCGCGACAAAAUGUUUCACACCUCUAGAGCUCACCCAUUUCAAGGAUAACUUCUUUACUCGUGCCAUCGACCAGGCGGGCAUGAAGUACUGGAACGAGAAAAUACUCUCGGACUUUCUUGGUAUCCCUGACAGCAGUGAUGCCCACUGUCCCUUGGAUGCGGGUCCGGUGAUCUUCCGCAUGGUCUCGUUUCUCGGAGCCUUUCCCUUCCAGAACACAUUAGCCCCGAGCGUUUUGACGUUCGAUAGCAUGGUGAAGGUUGCUGUGCUUCUCACUGAGCGAUAUGGAAAGGUCCUCAGACGGGCCCGAAAAGACAGGAUCCGCCUUUUAUUCGGUAGCCUUGCUGAUGUCGGGAGAAAAGACGCGGAUCAGCCGCCGCCGCCUGACGAGAAUGCGCAACAGGAUGCGGACUCUUCGAAUGCUCCGUCUCAUGCUCCUGGCUUCUCCAUUGAUGAGCCCGCAAACGACGCGUAUGAUGAUGAAGAUGAUGAUGAUGAUCUGGCUCUAGCGGCACUAGAGUCUCUGGAUGCUAUCGAGGUCUUUAGACACGACUCCCGCAUGGAUAAGGCCGUCUAUGAAGCUCGGAUUUCCGUGGCCACGUUUCGGAGAUUGCUGAUGUUACUGCUUGUCAUUUCGCCCUUGAAGCCUCUUGAACCAGUGCGAACCUAUACGUCUGACUUGAACGAAAGUCGGAUGGAGGCCGUCCGAAAGGAAGCAGACAACAUUCUGGCUGCGUUUCCCCAAGAACACUCUGGAGGAAUCAGCUAUAAAUCAUUUGCAAAGACUAUUGCAACUUCGCUGCCGUAUCUAUUUGACCCCCUAACUCCGUUGUUUGAGCACCUUCUCUUCAGCAAGAAUCUAGACCUGUCGCAGAAACGCGAGAGGUCAGAUUCUGCAGCUGCACAGUCAGACGAUGAGACGGUCGACCAGCAACCAUCCCCAGUGCCUGAGCCUGAAUCGAUCAUGCUCCCCGGCAGCUUUGAAUCCUCGAUCCUAGACCCAGUCGUUAUAUCGCACCUCUCUUUCUUUCUGCCAUCUACGAACACAAACUCGAACCUUCUUCGUGGCAAUCUACGCCUACACCCUGUCUUCUCGACUGCAGCACACGGCUCAUCAUUGACCUCGUUCUCACACAAUGUCAUAACUUGGCAGUCAGGAACACUGUUUCUUCUAGAGGGCACCGUAUCUGCUGGAUCGGAGCAAGGCGAAACGAUUACUCUGGGCGCGUACCUACCCCAGCCCUGGACAUCCGGAUCAUCUUCGUCGACGUCCUCCCGCUCAGGCGACCAAUCUACCGCGCCAUGGUUUGUUCCAGCUUUCUCCUAA